UCUCAAUUGUCUACUCUGUCUACUCUAUCGCGUUUUUCCGGAGAGGAGCCAGCAGGUGACAGUGAGGGUCUUCUUUACAGCAUAGGUGCCAUUUUAUGUUUCUGUAUUUAAAUAGAAGAUUUUGUUAUUUUGUUCACUUGAAGUAUUUAGAAAUAUGGCUUCCUUUUUGUCGGUCAUCCCUCCUUUCUUGUUAUCGGUUCUCAUAUUUUCUGGAGCGGUAGUCGCACGGGGUGAUGUGCUCGAGUUAGGGGACGCAGAUUUCGAUUACCUGGCAGCGGAGCACGAGACCAUGCUAGUGAAAUUCUACGCUCCAUGGUGUGGACAUUGUAAGAAACUAGCCCCAGAUUUUGAGACCGCAGCCACUCGACUGAAGGGGACAGUUCCACUUGCUAAGGUGGACUGCACAGCGAGCCCAGACACAUGUGGGCGUUUUGGGGUCACAGGGUACCCCACGCUCAAGAUCUUCAGAAACGGAGAAGAUGCCUCGUCCUAUGAUGGGCCACGCUCCGCAGAUGGCAUUGUCCACUUCAUGAAGAAGCAGGCUGGACCCAACUCUGUUACCCUGCGCAGGGAAGCAGAUCUCGAGGCCUUUGUCAACCACUUUGACGCCAGUGUAGUGGGAUUUUUUUCUGGGCCUGACAGUGGUCAGCUGGUAGAGUUUCUGAAGGCGGCCAGCGUCAUGAGGGAGCACUUCCGCUUCGCCCACACCAUCGACAUGACCCUGGGCCUCAAACACGGGGUGGACACUGAGCGUGUUCUGCUCUUCAGACCCCCAAGACUGAGCAGUAAGUUUGAGGAGAGCGUGCUGCGCUUCACUGAGACGAUCACCACCCACACACUGCGGCGCUUCAUCAGAGACAACAUUUUUGGAAUGUGCCCCCAUCUGACCAAUGAGAACAGAGAUAAGCUGAAGGGGCAGGACUUGUUGACUGCGUACUAUGAUUUGGACUACCUGCAGAACCCCAAAGGCACCAACUAUUGGAGGAACAGGGUGAUGAAGGUGGGUUCUCAGUUUGCGUCCCAGGGCCUGAGUUUUGCCGUGGCCAAUCGCAGGGACUUUGUGGAUGAGCUGGAGGAGGAGUUUGGUCUGGGGGCGUCGGACGGAGGAGAUCUACCCUUCGUGACCAUCAGAACACAACAGGGAUUCAAGUACACCAUGAGGGAGGAGUUCACGCGAGAUGGGAAGUCCCUGGAAAGAUUCCUGGAGGAUUACUUUGCUGGACGACUAAAACGUUAUAUCAAGUCGGAGCCCAUCCCUGAGAAAAACAAAGGCCCCGUCAAGGUAGUGGUAGCGGAGUCAUUUGAGGAGAUUGUGAAUGACCCGGAGAAGGACGUGCUGAUUGAGUUCUAUGCCCCCUGGUGUGGUCACUGUAAGAGCCUGGAGCCCAAGUACAAGGAGUUGGCAGAACAGCUCUACUCUGAUCCUAAUAUUGUAAUUGCCAAGAUGGACGCCACAGCCAAUGAUGUUCCACAAGGCUUUGAUGUGCAAGGGUUUCCCACCAUCUACUUUGCUCAGGCAGGCAAGAAGGACCAGCCCAAGCGAUAUGAGGGAGCCCAUGAAGUGAAGGACUUCAUCAAGUACUUGAAGAGAGAAUCCUCGCACGUUCCUGUUGUCAGCGGAGUGAGAGAAGACCUGUGAACAGAAGUAAGGCGAUGGCAGGGGUGUAAUUAUGGAAAAUGUAGCUUGAGACCCCUGGAAUUACGGUUGUGGAUACUCACAACUUCUGCUAAGAUUCUUUAUUUCUGAUGAAAUGACACUCCAAAAACCUACAUCUACCCACAAUAAUUUUGUUCCUUGAAACAAUAGUUUUGAAAGUAACACAAUUGACUCUCUAGGAACAGAGCCCCUUGUAAUUGUUCAGGAGGAGAAAUAACAUUUCUACAGAGGAAGAGAGAACAAAGAUUGAGGACUGCGAACCUCUAAUGUCAAGUGACUUGGAAGGGAGAUGAGGCUGAUUGUCUUGGCAUGAGACUGAACCGAACCUUCCCAAUUUACUUUCAUUAAAGGACAAAAUCAAAAUGAAUAUCAACGGCAUCAACUCACCAAGGAGCAGUUUGGUGCAGGUUUGUCAUGCAUCAAAUACCAUGAAAUGAAUGGACGUUGUAUAAUGACACUGUAAUAACACCUAUUUGUUUCUAGGUCUUGACUUACCACCUGUAUGUCAGAACUAUAGUUCUUCUUCACCACUAUAAGCCAUACCAUCCAUUCCACCAAUGAUAACCCAUCAACACCCCUAGAUUGGCAGCUAAUAUUGAGCACUCUUUUGCAUUGGCAUUUCACAAAGCAGGAGCAAGGAGGUGGUCAGCUAACCUUGCUUGUGUAAAAUAGUCUGAAAUAGCUUCAUAUUAACUAGUUCCAAAAGGUACCCACUGGUCUUUUUAUGUGUACUUGAACUACAGAGUUGGUGUCAUUCCACACAGCACCAACAACCAACCAACCGCUCACCACCUAUCUGCCUACUGACUGCAUACAAAACCCAAAACAUCCCCACCCAUUCUCCUUUUUUCCCCCCAUGCAAAUAUCAAAUUAACAAUUUUGGAAAUACUGCAAAGGCAAUAUUCAGAUUAGUGGCAAAAAUGGCAAGUAGCCACCACGGUCUCCUUGAAAACAAAUGUUUUCAUUUUAUGUUUUUGAAUAUUCUGUUUUUUAUUUAUGUUUCUAUCAUUAUAUGCCAUUUUCCCCAGAUUUGUUUUUAGAGCAAGUAACUUCUGAAAGGAAUGUACAAUGUUUGGAUUUGACUAUGAAGGCCAGAUAGAUGUGUGUUAUUUAUCAUAUUUAUUAUAUAGUAUAGGCAAUACAGUAAUUCACUUUCUGUGUACUGUACAUAAUGUGUGAACAUAUUUGCAAUCUUAAUUGUCUCUUUUUUGACAGAGCCUUUUGAUUUAUUGAUGUACAUUUUAUUUGUUGCAAGAGUUUGGCACUCAGAGGACCCAUUAUCCUUAGUUUAUGUUUGAUCCGCUAAGAAAUGUUUGUCUUUUGAUUUUUUUCACUUAAAAGAUGCUGAAACCAUUUAAUAAAAUUACUGACUUCGA